AUGGCCACUUGCGGACGAGAUCGAGCACGUUCACGAGAGAGUAUGAAUGCACAACCGGUGGACAACCAUGCUGAAUUUAUGGUGGCCAUGGAAAACCUUGCAAAUACCAUAGAAGCUAAUGCUGCUGCGACUCUGCAAGCUGUGCAGAGGUUAGGCCAACCAGCCGGAAACGGAAAUGGAAUAGCGAAGGAAACGCGAAUGAGAAUGUUGAGGAAAUUGGAGAUAACAUGGGGGUGCUCCGAUGACCUUGGUGACUUUUCUCAAGGAAAGCCCCAGCAUUGGUGGCAAGCAGAGUGCCGCUUGCUACAGCUCCAAAAUGUUGAUGUUCCUUGGGAUGUAUUCCAAACGGCCUUCUACAAGAAAUACUUUCCUGAGUCUACAAGGGAACCAAAGGAGAUGGAACUUAUGCAGCUGAAGCAAGGUUCUCUGUCUGUGGCAGAUUACACAAGCAUAUUCGAGGAGCUUUGUAGGUUCUCUAGGGUAUGUCAGGGUGCCCUAGAGACCUACGAGAGUUGGAAGUGUAUCAAGUACCAGAGGGGCUUGAAGGACAACAUCAUGACUGUUUUGGCUCCUCUGGAGAUUCGUACCUUCUCCGAAUUGGUGAACAAAGCAAGGGUGGUUGAGGAGUAUGCAAAAAUGGUAGCUUCGUCCAAGGAAACUCACAGAGAAAGCUCUAGUGGACAACGUGGCAAGUAUUUCCAUCCGAAGGGUCAGAAUUUCAAGAGAGGAGGAUAUGCUCCUCAAGGGCAAAGAGGCUUCAGAAAGAACGCUCAGAAUCAGUUUCAGUAUACCAAGGGGAGAGGAAAUCAGAGCAAGAUUUCUCUGAAUUUGACUUGUGUGCGUUGUGGCCAUUUUCAUCCAUAUGACUCAUGCAUGAUUGGUUUAGGUGGUUAUUUCAACUGUGGCUUGCUUGGUCACAUUGCGAGCGAUUGCACUCAUGGGAAGAACCCGAAUGCGGGUCAAAGUCAGCACCAGGGGCGAGUGUUUGCUAUGAAUGCCAAGGAUGCUUCUAAGGCAGAUCUUUUGAUGAGAGGUAUAUGUUUAAUUGGUGAUAAAGUCUUGAUUGCAUUGUAUGAUACUGGAGCUUUGCAUUCGUUUAUUUCAUUUGCUAAGGUUGAGGAACUAGGCUUGAAAGUGUUAGAGUUAGCAUUUGAUCUGCAUGUACAUACUCCGCAUCAGACAGUUAUGACUAGAUCAGGUUGUAGGCAAGUAGGUUUCAUGCUUGAGGGUAGAGACUUUGUGCAUGAUUUGAUCUGUUUACUAAUGAUUGGAUUCAAUAUGAUUUUGGGGUUUGAUUGGUUGUCGAAGAAUUGGGUUUUGUUGGAUUGUUUUGAGCGGUCAUUUCGAUUUAUGCCGGAAGGAGAAAAUGGAGCAGCGAUAGCUGAGGGUUACUACAUGAACUCUGUAGUGGUGCACUUGAUGAACCGAAAUAUGCGUAAGCCGGUUAGAAAUUAA